ACUUGUAGCAGAGGGACCUGUACGUGACGGUCCUUACGUGAGCACGUCGGGGCGCUCUCGCGAGCUUUGGAACGCCUGCUUCCUGCGAGCUGUGCUGCUGUUCCUUUUUGGCUCUUGAGUAUCCAUUUGGCUGCCGCCAUCAUGUCGUCAGAUCCUGGAAGCUAUGGAGGCUAUGGCGGACAAGGUUAUUCUGGUUAUGGAAAUCAAUCGGGACAAAACACUGGGCAGCCUGCACAGGAUUACUCUGGCUAUGGACAGGCCGCAGAGCCAUCUGCUUAUGGACAAAACUAUGGAGGGUACAGUUCUGGCGGUUAUGGACAGCCUUCACAAGGACAGAGCCAAGCAUCAUCUGAAAGCCAGCAGUCCUAUGGAAGCGGUGACAAACCGAGUUCAGAAUCUUCCAGAGGCGGGUACAGCAGCAAAGGUUCAUACGGUGACAACCAGCCAGGUAAUGAUGGGCAAUCAUAUCGGCAACGCGACUCCUAUGGGCAGAAACCGCCUCAAGAUUCUUAUGGACAGCAGUCACUUUCUUCACGGAAUGAGGGCUAUGGAGCUUCCUCACAAGAUGACGACCGAAGGGACACAGGCAGGUAUGGUGAUAAUAAAGGCUAUGGUGGAUCCCAGUCCUUUGGGGGUGGCCGAGGCCGUGGUGGCUAUGAGGAUCGUCGAGGUGGCAUAAGCGGUGGUGACCGAGGUGGCUUCAAAAAUUUUGGUGGCCCCAAAGAUUAUGGGAACAAACCUGACGAAGACGAUCAAGACAAUUCUGACAAUAACACAAUAUUUGUGCAAGGUCUAGGAGAGGAUGUGUCUCCAGAUCAGGUGGCUGACUACUUCAAACAAAUAGGAAUAAUAAAGAUUAACAAGAAGACUGCAAAGCCAAUGAUUAAUCUUUACACUGACAAGGAAACUGGCAAGUCUAAAGGUGAAGCUACUGUAUCGUUUGAUGAUCCUCCUUCUGCCAAGGCAGCUAUUAGUUGGUUUGAUGGAAAAGAAUUUAUGGGCAAUAAUAUUAAAGUCUCAUUUGCUACUCGAAGGCCUGAAUUUUUGAAAGGAGGUGCCAGUGCCCCUGGUGGUGGCGGCAGCGGUGGUGGUAGACGUGGCGGUGGUCAUAGAGGUGGUGGCUUUGGUGGGAGCCGUGGCUCUUUCAGAGGUAGCAGUGGCCCACCUCAAGGUGGAGACUGGGCGUGUCCAAAUCCCUCUUGCGGCAAUGUUAACUUUGCCAGAAGAGAUUCCUGCAACCAGUGCAGUACACCAAGACCAGAAGAUUCCAGACAGGGUGGAGAUCGCGGUAGAGGUGGUUAUGGGGGUGAUAGAGGAGGAUACAGAGGUCGUGGAAGGGGUGGUGACCGAGGCGGCUUCGGAGGAAAGAUGGGAGGCAGGAAUGACUACAGAAGUGACCAGCGCAACAGACCAUACUAACCUGAAAUUCAUCUCUUCUGCUUUACAUGUGGGCCUCGUUCUACUUUAGAAUUAAGUUAAAGAUUACUUGAUUUCGGUUUUGUUUGAUAUUUACCCUAUAAUGUGAGGAUAUGUUUUCCCAUUUAAAAGACUAUUGAAAAAUUAUUUUACACAAUUAUGAUCCUAAAUUCUUCUGUUUAAAAAGACUGAAAUCUUGCCAAAAGUUUUUGUAAUACAAUAAACCUUACUUGUUUUUAUCUUG